UGCAGGAGCUGCAGCUGCAGUCGGACGCCGUCCGGACCAGCCUGACCCCGCUGCUCCGCCGGCUGCGGCUCAAGGACCAUGACUGCGCCACCCCGGUGUCCAGCAGCGUCACCGCGGUGCCCUGCAGCCCAGGACCCCCGCGGAGUGCUACCCUGGGCCCCCCCAGCAGCACCAUCCCAAAGCCUUGCAUGCUGGAGCCCCCCAGCAGCACUGCUUUGGAGUUCCCCAGGACCUCUACCCGGGACCUCAGGACUCCCAGUCUUAAGCCUGGUGUCUCUGAGGCCCCCAGCAAUGCCACUCUUAUUCCUGGUGCCUUGGAGACCUCCACCAGCACCAGCUCAGAGGCCCCUGGUAGUCCUUUCCCAGUGUCCAGCACACCAGAGGUCCCUGACAGCACUGUGCCAGCCCCUCUGUGCAGUCCAGUUCUGGGGCCCGGCACUCAAGAGCCCUCCAGCAGCAUGGCCCCAGCCUCUGAGGGCAGCUCCAUCCCAGUGCCCAGCACCUCAGAGCCCCCCAGCAGUACUGAUCCAGUCUCUGUGUGCAGCUCCAUCCCAGUGCCCAGCACUCCAGAGUGCCCUGGCAACACUGUGCCAGCCCCCCUGCACAGCUCCAUCCUGCUGCCCACCACCCCAGAGCCCUCCAGCAGCACCGUGCCAGUCCCCUUGUGCAGCUCCAUCCUAGACUCCAGCACCUCAGAGUGCCCUGGCAAUGCUGUGCCAGUCGCACUGUGCAGCUCCAUCCGGGUGCCCAGCACCUUGGAGUCCCCUGGCAGCACCAUGUGCAGCCUUGUCCUGGAGCCAUGCAUGCUGGAAUCCCCUGGCAGCACCACCCCAGGCCCCCCCAACAUUAUUAGCUCAGGGUGUUGCAACCCAAACUCUCCAGGCAGCUCUGCUUUAGCUCCCUGCAGCUCUGGAUCCCCUGGCAAUGCCAGCACAGCCUCCUGUACCCCUGGGCCUCCUGGCACCAGCUCCACUCCACAGAAAGCUCCUUUCCAAUGGUGGCGAGCAGCACCUCCAGAGUUUUCCUGCAGCCUUGUGGCCUCCGAGCCCCCAUCUGCAGAUGGAAGUGCUGAUUCUCUGCAUUGCCAAGGUGCUCCUGAGGGAGCCGAGUUCCCUGCCCCCGUCCCCCCAGAACAGAGCACACCCAGCCUCCCUCCCAUCAAUGCAAGUGGGUUGGAGCCUGUUGGGUCAGAAGCCACUGUCACCCCUGUCAGCUUGCCUGAAACAACCCUGGGUGCUGUGUCCUGGGUGUUGCCACUCAUGUGGCUGGAGAAGACCCUCAACAACUCCUUCCUGAUGGAAUCCGUGUGGAACAGCCUGCCCCUCCAAAAGCCACAGCAGGAUGCCAGCAGCAGUGACACCUCUGUGCCCACUGUGGCCACUGGCACCAGCACGACCCCUGUGCCCACCAUGGCCACAGGCACCAGCACGACCCCUGUGCCCACCAUGGCCACUGGCACCAGCACAACCCCUGUGCCCACUGUGGCCACUGGCACCAGCACAACCCCUGUGCCCACUGUGGCCACUGGCACCAGCACGACCCCUGUGCCCACCAUGGCCACAGGCACGAGCACAACCCCUGUGCCCACCAUGGCCACAGGCACGAGCACAACCCCUGUGCCCACCAUGGCCACUGGCACCAGCAUGACCCCAGUGCUCUCCGUGGCCACUGGCACCUUCAUGACACCUCGGGACAUGUGGGAGAAGAGCAUGAACACAUCCAGGGGAAUCGUCCCCUGUGCCAAGGACAGCGCUGUGGAAACAGACUCCCUGCUCUGGCACUGUCCCCGGGAGCAGCUGAAGACCCUGCCACGGGCAGAACUGGAGGGGAGGCUGGAGAGCACCCUCAUCAUCAUCGAAGCCCUCUCGCUGCAGCUGCGUGACUGGCAGGAGAGCCGGCGGCCGCGGCCUGGCGUGGGGCCAGCCAAGCAGAGGGACGCGCUCACACAGACAGACGCCACCCACCCCGAAGGGAACACCUGGAGCAGCCAGAGCCUUCUGUUCCGGGGCCUUGCGGAUGCUGCUUUUCGGAGCUUGCAGGAUGAGCAGGGAGCCCUCAUGCAGGAGCAGGAACAGGAGAGGACCCUGGUGUCCCAGUGCCAGGCUGUGCUCGAGCACUGCAGGGUGCAGAGCUGCCUGGAAGAGCAGGAUGCCAUCAGGCAGCGAGUAGAUGAAGCCCUACAAGCCAAGGAUCAGGCAUAUCUCUUCCUGGAGGCUUUCUGUGCCCAUGCCAGUGCCCAGAUCAGUGCCCGUGACCAGAGCCUGGCCUCCCAGCAAGAGCUGAGCAUGCUGCUGGCCCAUGCCAUCAACCUGCAGGCAUCCCUGUCUGCCCAAGCGCAGUCUUUCCGGGAAUUCUUAGAUGUCACCUUUGAAAAUCUGGAGAAGGAAAGGAGAGCCCUGGAUGAGGAGCGGGAGCAGAUAAGGGCCCUGGUGUCCCAGUCCCAUGUCCUGUUGGAGCAUGUGCCCAGCAAGCUGCAGAGCUGCCUGGAGGAGCUGGCUGCCACACGGAAACGAGCAGAGGAAGCUCUUCAAGCCAAGGAGGAGGCAUCCUGCCAGCUGGAGAAGACCUUGGUGACCCUGCAGGACACAGAGGCUCAGCUGCAGCAGCUGACAGUGGCCAACUCGCACCUGGGCAAAGACCUGAGCUCCGUGAUGAUAAAUCUGGCCAGCAUGGAGCAGGAGCGGGAUGCGCUGCAGCAGGAGAACGAGAAGCAGUGGGAGGAGAUGGCCCAGCUGGCAGAGGAGAGGAACUCCCUGCAGCAGGAGUGCAAGGAGCUGUGCCAGGAGCUGCGGGAGGCCAUGGAGUUCCGGGAGUUCCUGGAUCAGGAGAACCAAAUGUGCCGCACGCAGCUGCUGGAGGUGGAGGCCAGACUGAACUCCACACUGGCCACGCUGCAGGAGCGUGUCCUGCAGCACGAGGAGCUGAUGGAGUCCCACCAACACCUGCGGGAAGAGCAGGCUGCCCUCAGCAAGGAGCUGGACAGCACCAAGGCUGAGCUCCUCAGCUUGCAGACACAGAGGAGCAAAGUUUCUUGGUGCUCCAUGGACAUUAUGGAGAGCAAGAUUUGGUUGCAGGAGCUGGCUGACUGCCUCAAGGCUGCUCUGGAAGAGCAGGAUGAUGUUGAUGCUCCAUCAAGAAGCAAAGCCUGGACCCCAGGGCCCCGGACCCCAGGCUGGCAGACCCCACGCCGUGCCCGCACCCCGGCUUUCCGCACCCCGGCUUUCCGCACCCCGGCGUGCCGCACCCCGAGCCACGCCGGCAGCUCCUUUGUGGGCAGUGUCCUGAAAGCUGUGGCAGGGAAAGAUGCCAAUGAGGCCACCAGAAGUAGCAGUACAGUUGCCAAGGACAAACUUGCAUCCGUGCCAAAGCCAAUAGAUCCCGAGGAUGCUCUGCUGGAGAGCGUGAAGGAGCUGAGAUCUGUGGUCUCCAACCUUGCCUUGCUGAGCUCCCGCAUCCAAGAACUGGAGCAGAGCGAGUUCAGGGCACUUCAGACAGAGAUCUCUGACCUGCAGGUCAACCUGAAGACAGUGACGGCUGAGAGCCAGGAGAAGGUGCAUACCCAGGCUGCCACCAUUGCCAAGCUGAACACGGCGCUGAGGACCACGCUUGAGAAUGAGAAGAAGCUGCAGGAGCUGGUGAAACAGCAGGAAAAGAAGAUGUUGCAACUCGUUGACAAGAGUGGAGAAGUCAUGAGGCUGAAGGCAGAAGUCUCUGAGCUGAAGCACUUGCUCCAGCACGCAGAGACAGAAGCCAAGAUGCUGCGGGAGGAGAUGAGGGACAAGAAGCAGCAGGUGGAUAAACUGCAGCUGCUGCUGGUGGAAAAAGAGAAUGAGAACAUGCAGCUCACUGACAAGUACCUGGAGCAGGUCCGAGGGCUGGAGAAGCAGCUCCAUCAUACCCAGAAAGUGCUGAGAACCCAUGAGGAGAUACAGGAGAAUAUAAAAAAGGUCCUGUCGGCUGUCCCUGAGGAGGCUCUGGACUGCCAGGAGUUUGAGAGCAUGCUGUGCUACCUGGGCCUGAAGCCAGCCAGCAAGGAAGCUGCUGAGCCGCUAUAGCCUGUAGCCUGAAACCUUUCCUGUUGUUAAUGUUGUAAUUAUUUAUUGAAUAAAGUUGUGUUGGCUUUUU